GGCACCGUACACUUUUCAGCGGUAAAGUUUGAAAAUAUGGCGACAUCAACAGCAAGUUAUUCAGACCAAGACAAUUUCUCUUCAACAAAUAGUCCAAUUCCAAGUGUAAUAGAAAGGCUUGGACAACUGAGACCUUCCAAGGAGUUGCUAAACUAUUAUAGAAAGAAAAUAUCUGAAUUUGAUGAUGAACAUGAACGUAUGGUUGAAAAACUUGAAGGUUAUAAAUGCACAUAUGAAGAACAGCACAAGCUGCAAUGGGAUCUUCGUCAACGUGAAGAAGAAAUAGGAGAACUGCAGAAGGCUUUGAGUGACAUUCAAGUGUUUUUGUUUCAAGAACGUGAAAAUGUAUUGCGGUUAUAUGCAGAAAACGAUCGGUUAAAAAUUCAAGAGCUCGAUGACCGUAAGAAAAUUCAACAUUUGUUGUCACUGACUCGACCGACGGAUACCGAGAUCACCUACUUUGUGAAAGAACAUCCGUCGAAUGUCGUCCAACGAUGUCAAGAUCAUCGAACGAAACAGUCAAAAUCAUCAAGACCACGUUCUCCUAUCGUUGGACAUCGAGACAGAUUAAAAAUAACUGACCGCGGACCUGGUGGCCACAGAACUCCGAUCCAAGGAAGUAAAAAGAAGAAUAAUAAAGAAGAAACACUGCUUGACACUUCAGCCGACAAACAGAGACUACUUUUACAAAUCGAAUCGUUACAAGCACAACUGGAAGAGCAAACAAGACUGAUGAAAGAACAGCUGAACGCGUUGUUAGAAGACAGGAAAGUGCGUGUUGAUGAGCAAGACGCUGCAAAAGAGCGAGAUUCCGACAAAAUAAAAACAUUGACAGAUCAUUUGAAGAAAACACAGACGUUGCUUUACGAAAGCACCAAAGAUUUUCUCGAGCUUAAAUAUGAGAGCAGGUUGAAGGAAAGAAAAUGGAUGGGAGAGCGGGAUAAAAUCAUGCAGGAGAUGGACUAUUUAAAGGAACAGAUUAAUAUGAGCAAAGAGGAUUAUGAUAUGCAGGGUCCACUACAUGUUCAUGCUGGCACACAAAUGCACGAAUCACGUGAUGGAAGUCUUUUGCCAGUAAGAGCAACUAACACUCUGGUCAUCAAACAACUACGAUCCAAUCUUGAACAGACACAAGAAAUGGCGGAAAUGUAUCGCGAGCAGGUUAUAGGUUUGGAGGAUGAGCUUGCUCGCAUACGAGAAGAAAACGAUACUGGAAAGGACGUGUUCAAAGAGAAAACAGAAAAACUCACACGGCGACUACAACUUAUGAAUCAAAGAUACACAGCUUUAGAAAAGAGACGUGGCCUGGAGGUGGAAGGGUUUAAAAACGACAUCAAAAUAUUAAGACAACGUUUGAAAGAUGUCGAAAAACAAUUGUUUAAGGUGACUCUAAAUAUUGGCGAGCAGUUCGACUGGGAGAUACUUCACAACGUCCACCGCACAGCGCAUCGUUCGAAGAAACUUGCGGGCGAAUUGCAUAAUUUAAAAUCCAAAGUUUACGAUAUGGAGAGAGAGCUGAAACACCUAUGACUCCAGCAACCUUGUUUCCAGGAUUCAUUGUACUAAUUCAUAGGGGAAUGGUUACAUGGUGGUUUAGUUUGCCUAACUGGUUUUUUUAGUAUCAAAAUUCAGUUGUUUUCGGAGGUGUACGGGGUAACUAUAGGCAGAUUGUUUAAUAGCUAUGUUGUUUAUGUAGGAAUCAAUCAGUUUAGUAGCCAGGCCUCCAAAGCAUGUUCCUGCAUGUUAUGUUAUAUGGUUAAAAAGGGAUGAUAGGAUUAAAGAGAGUCGACUUUCUAUGAAUUUGCUGUUACCAUUGAAAUUUAAAUCAAAAAUGUUUUAUAUUGACUUGUCACUUGGAUAACAAUCGUGUUGCUACGAGUUCAGAAAAGUGUCUAUUGUAUUGAACGCCGUUUUAAACUAAAGUAUAUAAAAAAUUAAAGAUGGGCAUUUUAAUAUAUAUAUAUACAUAUCAUUUUUAUGUCAUUUGAAUUUUAAAAUAUAUUUCUGUUUGAAAUUAAUAAA